AAGAAGUAUGGAAGCACUAAGCAAUAUAUUGGCUCCUUAUAGUCAUGCACUCGCAAAAGUUGCCGGAACAAUUACUACUUUACAAUUUCUGUCCGGUGUAAUUUUGCUAAAUGACAUACGCAAAAGGGGGCGUAGUGAUGGAUAUCCCCCAGAACCAUUUCUCGGUGGUGUCGUACUUUCGAUUUUGACUUUAAAGAUGGGCACAUUGAUGGGCGAUUCUGCCACUAUUAAGGUUAAUCUUCUCGGCCUUGCCCUCAGCGCCGUUUUCUUGAGUGUAUUCUAUUGGUAUGCUUCGAGUGAACUUAGAGGGAAAAUAUUGUCGAAAAUUGGUAUUGCUGCAGCUUUUACAGUGGCCUGUUUAGCGUAUGCGACUAUUGAAAAUCCGAAAAAAAUCGAAUUCCGUUUUGGUAUGCUCAUCACUGGGAUAUUAGUAUUUUUAGUUGGAUCGCCACUAUUGCAUCUCAAUAAAAUUAUUGAAAAGAAGAGUACAGAGGGUAUGCCUUUCCCAAUUAUAUUCACUGGCACACUAGUAGCUGCGUCGUGGGCGUUGUACGGAAUUUCUAUUCAUAAUUUCAUGAUGGCUUAUCAAAAUUUAUUCUUAUUCGCGUUGAGCGCUAUACAGUUAUCGUUAUUCGUCAUUUACCCGAACUCUCCCUCAGUGUCGGAAUCUUCAGUAAAGCAUUCGCCAUCCACAUUGGAACACAAAACAUCCCAAGGCAAAACGUCAAGCCCGUCGAAAACUAGUGUUGGUAGCAAGAAGAGAAAUUGAUUAUGCGUCUAUGUAACGGAGGCUUUGCCUGCGCCUACACAUUGAUGUCGCUGAAGUAAAUAAGUGAAGGGGAUAUUGAAAAUUUCUUCUUUAAAUACAAGUAGAUAUAAAUAUCUAAAUUAGUUUAUAAUAAUAUGCUUGUGCUUUCAACAAUCUAAUUGCUAUGGCACAUUCUACUUAACAUGCAUUACGCAUUAUUCCAAAUUUGCACCAAAAGCAAACAAUUUAUUAAUCAAUUUAUACACUUCGAUUGCAAUUUUUGACAAUAAUACAAAUCUUCCAAAUACACUUAAAGUAAAUCGUUAAACUUAUUAACAACUUAUUAAGUAUUUUAAUGUAAAAUAACAAAUGUUUUUAUUAUGUAAAUUUGGUUUGUAAAUAAAAACAUAUUUUGCUUGAUUUUUUAA